AUGCAAGCGGGCGUGUGUGACCUUUCGGGUCUGAAGAAGCUAAAGCUAAAAUACGACAUCGUAAUUCGUGCUUUAACGGAGAUUGGGAAGCAGCCAGAGCUUCUCACAAAAGUCCAGGAAAAAGAAAAGAUCGUGUCGGCUCGAUUAAUGGCUGUGUCUUGCUUAGUGGACAAGAAAGCGCUAAGACCUCUUACCAAAUUCAUGCGCCUUGCCAUCGAUGAAAUGAAAAAGCCUUCUCCAGACAAAGCAGCUUUAGAGCUGCAUGUAAAGAAGGUAUUAGCCUACGAAGCAGGUAAGCGUGAGCAGCAAGAGAUACAUGCCAGUACAGUGAGAUUGCCCACAGCAGCACAUAAGUGCGAAUGCGCUCAGUGCACACUUCAACCCUUGAGGAGGAGAAUAUCUGCUGCUUCAAUGCCACAAUUGUUCAGGCUUAGCUUGAGCACUAAAGUAUCGAGCGGCGCACAAAGAGGCAGAGGCAGGAGGAGGCACCGGCGUAGAUUCCGAGAAACUCGAGGCAUAGAAAAAGAGGCAAAAGAUGAGGCAACAGGCGCACAGCAAGGAAGUGUAGCUGCAGCAGCUAAAGGUAACGAGGAACGAGAUGAAGAUGAGGACGAUGGCGAUGAAGGCUGUAAAACGGUUGGCAAAAAGUAA